AAUACCGCAUAUUCCUGUAUCUUUGCACAUAUCACACAAACGAUACAGAAAAUUAAUUGUUGUAUUAUUUUCUAUAUAAACUUAGGCGAUGUAUGAAGGGAAACCUAAAAUCGAAGUGGUUUUAUCUGUUUCAUGACCCGGAAUUAGUUACAUUUUAUUUGGCAACUGUUUUCGUAAUGUCGGGUGGCAGGAAUCACGAAUUUUUUACAUUUUUGUGCGAUUACUGCCUUAAUUGACGCCGGGGAGCAGCAGCAGUUGACAGGCAAUGGGGGAGAUGAAUGGUGGCGGGCCAGCAGCCUUGCCGAUGGGCCUGCCAGAGAGGAUGCAGAGGGUGUUCCCUGAAGGUGGCAAUGCCCUGGCCCGGAGUGAGGCUGAGGUGUUCUACGGGAUAGCGGUGCCGGAGGGGGAGGUGACAGCGGCUGAGGGAGACAUCCAGAAAGUGUUCGUGGACAAAGUCGAGUGUUUGGCCGCCCUCAAGAAGCACCGAGGGUCACGCUUCAAGGCUUUCAGGACCUACGAGGAAGCCCUGAAGUUCUCCAAGGAAGGGGCAGCGUUGGCGGCGACCCAGGGCGAGGAUGUGGGAGGCGCCUCAGCCCAGCCCAGCCUCAACGUGGAAAAGCCCAGUCCAUUCCGAGGGCCAAAAUCGCAGGACUUGGUGAAAUUCAGAAAGUCUAUCGAAAAAGGGGACUUGAAAUACUUCUCUCAGUGUAUGGAGGAGAACCCGCGGUACCUGGUGAGCAGUGGGGACACGCCGGCGGUCCUUCAGGAGGGCUUCCGCUACAACGCUCUCCACGUCGCCUGCCGCACCAAUCACCCGGAGUUUGUGGACAAGGUUCUCUCCACAGUGUCCCAGGCAGAGUUCUUCCAGCGUUUGUACCCCGACGACAGCCCUGAGAGUGCCUCCCGCCGCAGUGCCUUCCUCCUGGACCUGUACCUCAACACCCCAGACAAGGGCUUCAAUGAGACGCCGCUCCACUUCGCCAGCAAGCACGGCAGCCCUGAGUGCGUCCGUAUCCUGGUGUCCUACCCGGGCUGCGACACUUCCCGGCCUAAUAAGUAUGGACAGACGCCGGCAGAGAUCGCCGGCAGUCGGAUGAAGAACCCCUCGAAGGACACCGUCGAGAACAUCCGCCAGUUGUUGGGUGAGCAGUAUUACGUUCCGCUGCUCAGGGAUGACGACCUCUGCCUCUUGCCCCAGGUUGGAAGCCCAUGGUCGCCACAACUGGACUCCUCCCCUGUCAACCCCAGCCCCUCUAACGACUGGUUCCUCACGUCUAGUCCACUCAGCUCCAUGUCUGCUAGCCCCAUCAGCCCCUCCCUCAAGGUCCGAGGAGUAGCCGGGCCAAUGAGCUGUUCACAAGCAGAGACCUUCCAUCGUCUCUGGCGGAACUCGACCACCUCCACGACAGCCUCCUCCACCACUAUCUCCACCCCGUCCCCUGCCCGUCGGACCAGAGGAGGUCGCACUGCCUCCCUGCGCAUCACCGAUCAUGAGAAGGGACUGGAACGGGUGGGAAGGGUCCUUGCAGUCGAGCAGAGGGUGGGCUGGCGUGAGUACUGGGAGUUCCUGGGACGCUUUGUCGACCUGGGCAGCGAGGAAGGAUUGCUGGCACUGGAAAUGCACCUCAGGACCAAGGCUAUGCAGUUGAGGAAAGAGCGAGAGGAGCUUGACGCGAGUGACUUGGCUGCCAGACUGAUGAAGGAGGCCCAAGAGGAGGAUGUGAUGGAUGGCUCUCCUCUCCUCAGCCCCUCAGACACACAGCAGCAGGACGGUGUGAGUGGCCUGUCGCAGCUGUCCUGGCUGAGUCACGCGUCCAACACCUCCCUGGGCCAGCUGUGUCGCGGCCUAGAAGCACUGCGCCUCAAUGCCUCGCUCUCACCCCCCGCUGAGGCACCACCAACGGAGUGCAGCAAGUUCCUGGCCGCCCAGCAGGAGAGUGCCAAGGACGCCAGCCCGGAGGCGUUCCAGGAUGCUGAGGAGGCGGGUGCCGGGGGACUCAUGGAGCAGGUGUCCUACAUCCUCAAGUCUGUGGAUGUGUCUGCCGGGCGUAUUAGUGAGAUGCUGCGCGAGGCGGCGCUGGACCUGCAGGCCAACACGGCGGCCGGCCUGAUCCUGCCCCGCGCCCUCAGAGCCAGGCUGAGGGUGGAGGUGGGCUGCCUGGGGCGGGUGGUGGGGCGGGCCGGGGCCGAGGUGGAGGCAGGGAUGCUGGAGAUGGACUUUGUGCACCCGCUGCUGGCCCGUCAGGUGGUGAUGGCCCUGUGGCACGGAGGGGCACUCGCUGACCUGGCCGCCGCGGCCCAGGCGGUGCAGCUCAUCGUGGCACACAUGGACCUGGUGCCCCUGGAGUCAUCGGAUGAGGAGAGCGACACCGCCAGGCACUCUGAGGCUCAGCGUAACCCCAGGGGUGACACUCAGCACCUGGCCUGUGUGCUGAGGUGCCUUGAUGUAGCACUCCAGGAAGCCUGUGCCUCACACGCUGCCUCCCCCCAAGGGCUGCAGCUGGGCCACUGCUGCUGCCCCUGGAAGAUGAGCGCCGGCCCCAGGAACACUAAAACCCGUGCCGUGGCUCCCCCCAACUUCUCAGAGCAGGAGCGGGCCACAGCCUACCUGCGCAAGGCACUCCUAUUGGGGCAGAAUGACCCCGUGGUGCGGCAGCUUUCCUUCAGCCCGGAGGAGGGGGAGGAAGAGGGCCGGGAAGUGUUGGUGAAGGCCAGGCUGGGGGCCAAGGAGGGCUUCACGGUGUUCCAGGAGGCCGUGGGGGUGUCAGGGGAUGGAGGGAAGGCUGGGUCAGAGGAGGACCUGCGCAGCAAGAGCCCAGACAGCUUUGUCUCUGCCGCCUCGAGCCUGGAGGGGGACAUGUGCACCCCAGAGGAGGGCAUCACUGUGUUUGUUGGAGGCGCGGAGGCCACCAAGACAGACGUGGAUGUGCUGGCUGCGGUGGGGGAGCGGCUGGUAGAUGAGCGGAGGUACCCACACGUGUUCCAGUGGCAGCUGCUCGUCAAGUCAUUCUCAGAGGAGCAGCGUGGAAGCUGGGCCUCACCGUACUGUUGGCAGGGCAGCAGAAGGAGACGAACAGGAACAAGGGACAGAAACAUCGGCUCGGCACCCUCGAAACUAUCCCUCCCCAACACACCACAACGCCCGCCCUGCUCCCGCCCUGCCGUCUCCACCCCGCGAGUGCUCUUCCGCCCACUCUGAAACACACACACACACACGCACUCACUCACACACACUAGUGCCUCAACAUAGCAGCUAGACAGGUAGGAAAAUGUGUGUCUAAUACGUAUUUAUUUUUUCCACAGCUUAGAAAAUUAAUUCCUAUUUUUAUUAUUAUUAUUAUUUACUCUCGUCAGAAAGUGUUGUACGUGGUAGUAGUGCGAGUAAGUGUAUAGUCUAUUAUUUAUAUACGUAUAGAUAUAUAUUGCUGCAUAGUCAUGUAUAGCAUAUAGUAUAGUAUUUAAAGAGAGUAUUUUAUGAUAUAUUAGUUCAUUGUGGUAUUGUGUAUGAGAAAGGAAGAGAGAGAGAGAGAGAGAUGUAUGAUAAAUUUUUUUUUUCUUUUUCUUUUUAUGUAUGUAUAUCUCUCUCUUCCCUUCCCUUCUCUUCUCUAUUUCUCCUUCUCCCCUUCAUCAGUCUCCUCUCCUCUCUUCUCUAUUUCUCUUUCUCCUCCUCCUCUCCCUAUCUCAUGUCCCAUUCUUCUUCCUCUCUCUAUAAUAUCCAUAUGUGCCUUGUGCCUUCAGAUAUAAACCCAUGAGUCUUGUAUUUCACUGUGUCAAUAUCUAUGAUGAUCGUAAUGUACACAGUAUUUGGUGCAGAAAGAUGUGGCCUUUCUAUGUAUCCAAACCUAUUGAUAUGGUCCCUGGCUCUUGCUAAAUUCCCUUUCCAUGUGGCUCUGUUCACCUUGUGCUUCCAUAUAUAUCUUUGGUGGUGAUGAUCUGCCUAGUAUUUGGUGCAGAGAGAUAUGAUCCCUGCAGCUCUGGGUGACUUCCUACCCUAUGCAGCGCUGCUCAAUUUGUGCUUCCAUAUAACUCAUAGCUUGUUUGUGGUUCCUCUAUGCUACAGAAACACAAAAUAUGGUACUAAUUCACAUAUUCUUUAACAAUUUAGGGCCUACACACACACACACACAUUUGAUAAGGCUUUCGUAGAGGCUGUGUCAGUGUUUCCAUGGGUAGUGCUCUGAGCCUAGUGAUAGUUUGAAAAGGCUUCUACACAUACCCACAUUCGAUAAGGCUUUCGUAGAGGCUGUGUUAGUGUUUCCAUGGGUAGUGCUCUGAGCCUAGUGAUAGUUUGACAAGGCUUCUACACAUACCCACAUUCGAUAAGGCUUUCGUAGAGGCUGUGUUAGUGUUUCCAUGGAGAGUGCUCUGAGCCUAGUGAUAGUUUGACAAGGCUUUUGCACCAUGAACGUGAAAGGGCUUACACACAUACCCACAUUUGAUCAGGCUUUCAUAGAGGCUGUGUUAGUGUUUCCAUGGAGAGUGCUCUGAGCCUAGUGAUAGUUUGACAAGGCUUCUACACCAUGAACGUAACGACCAACUCAUGAGAACCAGACUAACCUUUGUGGCCUUGCGAACUAGGUGUUAUAGGAGCUGAAGGUGUCAAGAACAUGGGCCUGGAAUGCAAAUAUCAGGUGCUCUAAUAGGGUUGCUGUCUCUCAUGGCCUUGGUAGUGGAAGGGAUGCAUUAGGAAUAGUGGUGACAGAAUACGUAGAAAGAUAUGAUGAAGGAUAUUAAAAUGAUGUACCGUGCCUUCUUAUGUAAUGAAUCAUGGGAUGGGGGAGAUAUUAGAUUUGUGAAGUUGAUUAUGCUCCAUCUAUCAAGCUAUCUGUCUAUCUAUCCAUCUAUCUUUGUAACACGUAAUAUAUAUCUCUAUCUAUCUAUCUAUAUCAAUCAUUCUAACUCUGUCGCACAUAAUAUAUCUAUCUCUUUUGCACAUUAUCUGUCUAUCUAUCUGUCUUUCUCUAUCUCUGUCGCACAUAAUAUAUCUCUAUCUACCUAUCUCUUUUGCACAUUAUCUAUCUAUCUAUCUGUCUCUAUCUCUGUCGCACAUAAUAUAUCUCUAUCUAUAUAAGUAUCUACAUCUAUCUUUCUAUCUCUUUUGCACAUAAUCUAUCUAUCUGUCUUUAUUUAUCUCUGUCACGCUUAAUAUAUAUUCAUACGUAACCAGUCGACAAUUUUUUGAGUGUUUGGUACAGCAUAUAAUUCCUAGUCUUGAUAUUUCUUCCUUUAUUUAUGUACAUUUCUCAUUCGACAUUUCUGGAGAACAAGAAAGAGUGUGUCAGCUCAGCGCCCCAGCACAGCAACUCACCUAACAUAGCUCAGCCAGGAAUGAACAAUUGAUAUCUUAGGGAGUGAUGAUUUUAUUUAUACCACAAUUUCUAGGUUUAAGUAAUAAUUGUUUAAGGAAUUCUAAUUUAAUACGUUUUUUUCUCUCUCCCGGAAGUUGAACCAAAGUCGGAGUUUUUUGUUUUACAGCUGGAAGUGCAAUUUUUAGUUUUGUUUAGUAUGCGUAUCUUGUAUUAACCUGGUAGCAGCGGGGAUCAUGUUUCUUACCGGUACCUCUAAGCAUUUGUGAUCAGAUUAUGUAUCAUCUUUUUGGGGGGUUUAUAUCAGCCCAUCGCUGCUACCGGGUUAAGUUGUAUGAUGUAGAGUAAGAAGUAUGAUAAUGUACUGUUCUAAUAUGCCUCAGUCUGAUCUAUCUCCUAUCUCAAAACUGUAUGUACUCAAUCACUUUUCUUCUCUUUUUUUUCUGUUUGAUCUAUCUCACAAAAACAUAUAUAUACCUACUGCUCAAUCUUUAUGGACCUCCUCAACCUCCGUCCUCUGUCUUCUUGUUUUAAUAUGCUUCUGUCUUAGCUAUUUCCUAUCUCAAAACUACUUAUACUCGAUCAUUCUCCUUUGUUUUCUGACUGAUCUCUCUCUCUCUCUCAAAACCAUUUAUGUAUACUCAGUCUUUAUGUACCUCCUCAACCUCCGUCCUCUGUCUUCUUGUUUUAAUAUGCUUCUGUUUUUGCUAUUUCCUAUCUCAAAACUACUUACACUUAAUCUUUUCUCCUCCUUUGUUUUCCGUCUGAUCUCUCUCUCUUUCUCUCUCUCAAACCCAUUUACGUAUACUUAAUUUUUAAUAACCUCCUCUACCAUCUAUCUUCUAGUUUAACGUCCCUAUUUUCCUUAAUGAGGUUGAAUGGGCUAUUUAAAACCACUUAUAAUAUACUCAUUUAUUCUGGACAGCUCACCGCCCACCCUUGCCCUGACCAUUCCAUCGCCUGAAUAUGUAUGUCUCUUUGGGAAGCUCUACCUUGAUUUAGAACCCAUUAUGCCACUUUGCUUGCCUCCAUGUGUGUGUGUGUGUGUGUGUGUGUGUGUGUGUGUGUGUGUGGUUGUUAUUCACCAAGGGCCUGAUCAUGUGCUGGACUUGUGAUUGCUAGCCAGUAACCUCAAUGAAAGAAUGUGAACUAUGUGUGUGUGUGUGUGUGUGUGUGUGGUUGUCAUUCACCAAGGGCCUGAUCAUGUGCUGGACUUGUGUAUGCCGGCCAGUAACCUUAAUGAAAGAAUGUGAAUUAUGUGUGUAUGAGAGAGAGAGAGAGAGAGAGAGAGAGAGAGAGAGAGAGAGACUAUACUAAGGGCAGCUUGACCCCAAUAUCUGAGCUUAUCGUUGUUAAUACUAAGUCUACACCCUCAAAUAUAUAGAUGCAUAACCCAAGUGUUUUUGAAAUGCUGAAAACAAUAAAAAUAAUGUGCUUGCUUGGGUUGCUGUGGCCAUGAAGUGAUAUUAAAUGAAACUGUGACCUAUUUUUUA